AUGCGUCCGGACGCAAACCCGACUAGCUCGUCCGAAGCGGUUGGUCUCCUAGAGACGCCUGAACAUUCCGAUAUUGAUGAGAAAGACCUAAGGCCACACCCACAGCAACGGAAAACGUUCGUGAGGUAUGGCCCUUGGUUCAUACUCAUCGGGUUGCUCGUCGUCUCCCUUAUUGCCAAUGCCAUUCAACUCUGGACAUGGCUUCAAGCACGCGCUGCCGCUAAUGUCUGCAAAUCCCCAUUAUGCACGUAUCCCUCCCCGACCGCGGGAUUAAGUCCAAGCAAACUCGUGCAAUUCGGCCAGCCGACACCAUGGAGCAACGCAACGAACAUGACAGCGCUCGAUGAGCUAUGGUACGGAAUGGAUGUCAACGCCGGAGUAAUCCAACUCCCAAAAGACGCUCAUUUCGGCACGACGCAGGACUUCCCGUGGGACACGUCCAGAGGGCUUUACAUGUUAAAUAGUUAUCACAGCCUGCAUUGUCUGAAAAUCAUAUACAGUUACGUGCGCGAUUGGGAGGAGGGGCGGUCCCGCGUGCAGACUAUAGACCAUGUUGCGCAUUGCCUUGAGGUCGUUCGCAUGGAUAUUAUGUGCGUCGCCGACGAUACAUUGCUCUCGUACCCGGUCGAUGAUCCGGAGGAAUUGCCGCCGAAGCGUAUGUGUCGUGACUGGGACCAGCUUGAAGAGUUCGCGAUAAGUAAUUCGGCUUGCUUUGAAAGACGAGAGCUUGAUGACCCGUUUCGUGACUCGUUGAUUGAGUAUAUGAAUUGUCCGACGAGUUCCCCAUAUUAUGAGGUCGUGGAGGAACUAAGGAAGAAUAGUAGUGCUGCUAAUGGAAAGGAGGACGGGGCAUUGGGAUCAUAG